GUCGUUUAAGUUUUUAGCUCAGUUCCUCUCGGCCUCUUCCAAAUUUCACAUCGGCUCCGUUGAGCUGAUUGUGUGUUCGGUUGAAAAUUUUUAGUUAGGAUAUUUCACGGUGCCGAGGGGGUAUUAUUCGGUUUCGGAAUUGCUGGUUUAUUAACGCGCGGUUGUUGUGGUGUUGACACCCCUCUUAGUUCGCAGCGAACCCAUUGUUUUUCCGAACAUUUUUAAAUCGUCUUACUAUCAUGUCUUUGUGGCGCAGUUUAACAUUGAAGGGACAUGGCCAAAUCCUACCCCGUUUUGUAGGCGUAGUCAGCCAGCGUGCCUACGCCGAGGACCACAAUCCAUCGCCGAAGUGCAGCCGCGAUUCGGGCAAGGGAUGCGGCAAGUUCACGGGCUGUGGCGAUCCCCGCUUCGAGGUGAAGAAGCCGCCACCGCCGGAGGACUCCUUUCAGUUCCACCAUCUGGUCAAAAUGCCGCCGGACUGCUGCGACGAUCCCUGCCGCGAUCGGUUCCCGCCCUACGACCAGUGCUACUACAAGAUCUCCGACAAGGCGAAGCGCAAGUACCAAGUCACCUGGGUGGAGUGCCCGCCCAUCCAGAUAAAGCCCAAGAAGAUCUGCUGCUACGAGGCGGGCACCCGUCCCCCGAUUCCGCGGCGCAAGCGCAAGGUGUUUGUCGCGGACGAAAAGUGUCCCACGGAGCAGGUGUGCCCGGUGGCCGAGGGCCUCUGCCCCAAGAUCCGGCUGCCCGGCUGCAAGGCCGUGGGCAAGGUGUCCUGCCACGUGGUGCGACGCAUCACGGACUGCACCAAGGUCAAGGCCCCCUAUCCCUCGUUCUCGGAAUGCUCACGCUCGGCCAUCCGACCGCCGCGUGCCAUCGAGUGCAACUGCCUGGCGAUUCCCAGCGCCUGCGAUCUCAUCCGCGAGGCCCAGAAGCACGAGGGAAAUCCCCGGAAAGGCAACUGCGGCGGCAGCAGGGGUUAAUUGCCAAGUUGUCGCCAGACACCCCGAUCCCCAGCACUCAUCCUGUUCCGUUAUCUGAAAUAUUCCAAUGCCGAGCCCAGUUAAAUAAUCUUUCCUACCUUGUGUGAAAUCCCGACUAGAAAUAAACCGUAACGCAUAGA